AUGGAUUACUAUUCAAAUGACGGGGAAAAGGAGAAAGAUAAUGUUUCAUAUGAUAAUAGUCAGAGUGAUAGUGUUGGAAUAAUGUAUAGCAAUAAUGAAAUAAGGAAUCAAAAAGUGAUAGACGAGGAGAAAAACGAGCAGGAAACUAUAGUUUUUUCAGAUAGAGAAAUUGGAAAGAACAUAGAUAUGGAAGAAGUAGUGAAUGUGAAAGAAUUAACAAGCAUAAUCAAUCAAAAUAAUGAACACUCUGAGGAUAUGAAAUUUCCUUGUAAACAUUAUGGAUGUAGCAGGAGCUUUAAGAAAGAAAGUUCAUUGAAACGACAUCAGACCGUUACACACAAAGGAAUAAUCCUUGAAAACGGUGAAGGGAUGGAAGGAGUAUCUAAUGUGAUGAACGUUAAUAAUAAUGAGGCAGAUAUGAAAUUUCCUUGUCAACAUUUUGGAUGCAAUAGGCGUUUCAGGAAAGAAAGUUCGUUGAAACGACACCAAACUGUUACACAUAGAGGAAUAAUUAUUCAUGAUGGAGGAAAGAUGGAAGUGGUGACGAAAGAAUUAGCAAUCAAUGAACAUUCUGAAGAUAUGAAGUUUCCUUGUGAACAUUCUGGAUGCAAUAGAUGUUUCAGGAAAUUAAGUUCAUUGAAACGACAUCAAACUGUUACACAUAAAGGAUUAAUUAUUAGUCGUAAUGUUGAUGGUGUGAUGGAAGAAGUAGUGAAAGAAUUAACAACUAGUGAAGUUAAUGAACAUGAAAAUAUGAAAUUUCCUUGUAAUUAUCCUGGGUGCACUAGAAGUUUUAAGAAAGAAAGUUCAUUGAAACGACAUCAAACUGUUAGGCAUAAAGGAAUGAAGCCUUACAAGAACAAAGUAGGACCUAUUGUGCUAAAAGAAACACAAGAUAUUGAGAAGACUGUGAACAAUAAAUCAGAGACAACAGAAGCAGUAGUAGAGAAUAAUUUAGCAGCAGUAGUAAAAAGGAAUCACUCCAAGAAAUUAGAUCAUAAUUGUAGCCAAAAAUCUCUGAAAAAACCAUUUAUAUGUGAUGUCAAAGGAUGUAAGAAAAGUUUUUCUAACCCGCAAGGAUUAAAAUAUCAUUAUAAAAGUACACAUAGUGGAGAAAAACCUUUCGAGUGUGAUUUCGAAGGAUGUGACAGAAAAUUCAUUCAGGAAAGUUUUUUAAAGUCUCAUCAAAGAAUUCACACAGGAGAGAAACCUUUUAUUUGUAAUAUUAACGGAUGUAAGAAAAGCUUUGCUCAUAGAAGUGGUUUAAAAUAUCACCAAAAUAAAAUUACUCACGAAAAACGUUUUGCUUGCAAUGUCAAAGGAUGUAAAAAAUCUUAUCUUAGAGAAUCUCAUUUCAAAUAUCAUCAAAAACAACAACACGAUAUUUAA